CGGCCUGCGCGGCGGCGCGCCCUGCAGUCCCCGAGCGAGCGAGCGGCGAGCGGAGGCCGAGCGCGCCCCUUCCCGUCGCGCGAUGCUGCCCUGGACGGCGCUCAGCCUGGCCCUGAGCCUGCGGCUGGCGCUGGCGCGGAGCGGCGCCGAACGUGGCCCCCCAGCAUCGGCCCCCCAGGGGGACCUGCUGUUUCUGUUGGACAGCUCGGCCAGCGUGUCUCAUUAUGAGUUCUCCCGAGUUCGGGAGUUUGUGGGGCAGCUGGUGGGCCUGCUGCCCCUGGGUCCUGGUGCUCUGCGUGCCAGCCUGGUGCAUGUGGGCAGCCGCCCGUACACCGAGUUCCCCUUCGGCCAGCACAGCUCAGGCGAGGCUGUCCAGGAUGCCGUACGUGCUGCAGCCCAGCGCAUGGGUGACACCAACGCUGGCCUGGCGCUGGCUUACGCCAAGGAGCAGCUGUUUGCGGAGGUGGCGGGGGCCCGGCCAGGGGUGCCCAAGGUGCUGGUGUGGGUGACAGACGGCGGCUCCAGCGACCCCGUGGGACCCCCCAUGCAGGAGCUGAAGGACCUGGGUGUCACUGUCUUCAUCGUCAGUACUGGCCAGGGCAACCUCCUGGAGCUGUCUGCUGCCGCCUCGGCCCCCGCUGAGAAGCACCUACACUUUGUGGAUGUGGAUGACCUGCACAUCAUUGCCCAGGAGCUGAGGGGAUCCAUUCUGGGACAUGCCAAGGAGGCCCUGAGUCUUGCACAGAUGCAGGAGCAGACGCUGCAGCUGGAGCAACAGUCCAAGCUCAAAGAAUACGAGGCCGCUGUGGAGCAGCUGAAGAGUGAGCAGAUCCGCGUGCAGGCUGAAGAAAGGAGGAAGACUCUGAGUGAGGAGACGAGGCAGCACCAGGCUAGGGCCCAGUACCAAGACAAGCUGGCCCGGCAGCGCUAUGAGGACCAGCUGAAGCAGCAGCAACUUCUCAAUGAGGAGAAUUUACGGAAGCAGGAGGAGUCGGUGCAGAAGCAGGAGGCCAUGCGGCGAGCCACUGUGGAACGGGAGAUGGAGCUGCGGCACAAGAACGAGAUGCUGCGGGUAGAGGCUGAGGCCCGGGCUCGGGCCAAGGCGGAGCGCGAGAAUGCGGACAUCAUUCGUGAGCAGAUCCGCUUGAAGGCUGCCGAGCACCGCCAGACCAUCCUGGAGUCCAUCCGGACAGCCGGCACCCUGUUUGGGGAAGGAUUCCGUACCUUCGUGACAGACUGGGACAAAGUGACAGCCACGGUGGCUGGGCUGACGCUGCUGGCCGUCGGAGUCUAUUCUGCCAAGAACGCCACAUCUGUUGCUGGACGGUACAUUGAGGCCCGGCUGGGGAAGCCGUCCCUGGUGAGGGAGACCUCUCGUAUCACCGUGCUGGAGGCUCUGAGGCAUCCCGUGCAGGUCAGCAGGCGGCUCCUCAGUAAGCCUCAGGACGCACUGGAGGGCGUCGUCCUCAGUCCCAGCCUGGAAGCACGGGUGCGGGACAUUGCCAUAGCAACGAGGAACACCAAGAAGAACCACAGCCUGUACAGGAACAUUCUGAUGUACGGGCCUCCUGGGACUGGCAAGACCCUGUUUGCCAAGAAACUUGCGCUGCACUCAGGCAUGGACUAUGCCAUCAUGACAGGCGGGGAUGUGGCCCCCAUGGGGCGGGACGGUGUGACUGCCAUGCACAAGGUCUUCGACUGGGCCAGUACCAGCCGGCGAGGCCUCCUUCUCUUUGUGGAUGAAGCGGACGCCUUCCUCAGGAAGCGAGCGACUGAGAAGAUCAGCGAGGACCUCAGGGCCACCCUGAACGCGUUCCUGCACCGGACAGGACAGCACAGCAGCAAGUUCAUGCUGGUCCUGGCCAGCAACCAGCCCGAGCAGUUUGACUGGGCCGUCAACGACCGCAUUGACGAGAUGGUCCGCUUCGACCUGCCCCAGCGGGAGGAGCGGGAGCGCCUGGUGAGGAUGUAUUUCGACAAGUACGUUCUGAAGCCAGCCACAGAAGGAAAGCAGCGCUUGAAGCUAGCUCAGUUUGACUACGGGAGGAAGUGUUCGGAGAUUGCAUGCCUGACGGAGGGCAUGUCGGGCCGGGAGAUCUCCCAGCUUGCUGUGGCCUGGCAGGCCAUGGCGUAUGCCUCCGAGGAUGGGUUCCUCACUGAGGCCAUGAUGGAUGCCCGGGUCCAGGAUGCCAUCCAGCAGCACCAGCAGAAGAUGCAGUGGCUGAAGGCUGAGGGAGCCAGGCCUAAGGGUGACCAGCCCCUGCCCCCAAGUACACAGGCUGAGUGAGCUGGGCCUGGAUACCCAGGGGGCACACUGGCCAGCUGGCCCUGCCAGGAAGAAGCGCCAAGAUGCCCCCUUCCCCCAGUGAUGGGCCUACGCAGCUGCCCACCUCAGCAUUUUUAAAUAUUCCUCGGGUCAGGGCCAGCACAGCAUUAAAGGCCUCUGCUUGGGAGCCGCUGCAGGUGUAGCGUCUUUGUGGGAGGGCUGGUUCCUCUGUACCCUGGGCUUUUCCCUUCAGGCUGUGGUGCUUGCUGGGUGGUCCAGACUGGGGCCGUCACCUGACCCCCAGGACACUGCUGGGAGAUGUGGGUCUCCAAGCCAGGCCCAGUGCUGGGGGGGAAGCGCUGUCCCCAUGUGCAGGGACAGUGGUCCAGCUGGUACUGCCAGUUAGGUGCUGGCUAAGCUCUUGUGGCCGCCUGCUGCAUCUGUGUCCAGAGCGGGGCUGGGCAUGGGUAGGGGCCUGACCUUGCCCAGUCUCACCCAGCGAGCGAGGGCUGAGCAGAGCAGGCCCCUGUGCUGCUGGGUGGGAGCUGCUUCCCCCCGGAACUAGGGAGAGGGAGAUGCCCUGCAUACGUCUGACUGUGAUACACCCAGAGGGUAAGAACUAGUUGCCAGCGACCGGUGGUGGUGCCUGAAGGGCCAGAGGCCCACUGGCCAGGAAUGUCCAGUGCUGGGGGCGCUGUCCUAGCCCACAGGAUCUGUGGCCCUCCAUCCAUUGGAGUUGGGGUCUUUUUAUCCAGAAUCCAAUAAAAACUUGACAGGAUACCUCACAA